GAAGAUGGGAAGUAAACAGAGCAUCCUCCAGGAGAAGGGCUACAAAAUUGAAAGAGAAACAGAACAUGGCGUUGUAGUCACAAAGACUGAUGACACAUUUCUGAUCAGAAAGAUCAGUUUGGCACAGGUGGCUGCGGAAACUAAGGCAGAUUUACUGAACGAGAUAGAAAUCCUCAAGACAACAAACCAUCCACAUAUUGUGAGCAGUGAGAAUUCUUUUCAAGAUGGACCCACUUACUACAUAGUGAUGGACUACUGUCAAGGAGGGAGCCUUGCUGAAAAGAUCAAAGAGCAGAGUGAACAGUUUGAGGAGGAACAGAUAUUGAGCUGGAUUGUUCAGAUCUGUGUGGCCUUGAAGUACAUUCAUGAUAAACAGCUACUUCACAAGGACAUGAAGCCAGAGAGCAAAGAAACUGUGAAGGAACUUCAGACCAACUUGGACAAGCUGAGAACUGUGGCAGACGGUUUGGAGCGAGUGCACCAGGGAACCACCAUUGGCAGUCUGACAGGGGGAGUGAUUGGUGCAGCGGGGGGGAUUACAUCCAUAGUGGGCCUUAUUCUGGCUCCCUUCACUUUGGGAGCCUCCCUUGUGGUCACUGGGGUUGGUGUAGGGGUGGCUACAGUAGGUGGGCUCACCGCUGGUGUCUCAAAUAUCAAAAAUAUAGUUAACCAAUCUUCUGAUCGUAAAGCUAUCCAAAGCUUGAUUAAGGAGUUUAAGGAAAAAACUGAAGCCGUGGUCAUGUGGAUUCAGGUGAUCAGUGAGGCAUUAGAGUAUUUCAGUAUGAACUGUGACUCAGUUUACUCUGAAGAAAGCAAUGACAGCAGAGAAAAUGUGGCAAGGCUUGGCCUCAGAGCCGGGAGAGGCCUGGCUGGUGUUGCUGAACUGGUCAGAUUGAUUCGAGUGAUAAACAUUGGCAAGGUGGCAGCACAGGCGGCCAGGGCGGUUCGUGUAGCAGAGGUAGCGGGAGGUGUGCUCGCUGGUUUAUUUGUGGCAGUAGAUGUCUUCUUCAUUGCCAUGGAUGCUAAAGAGAUCCACCACAUCAGACAGGCAAGGGCAGCAGAGGCAGCAACCGCAACAGACCGAGCCUGCUCUGAGACAAUGCCUGAGAAUGACACCACAGUAUCAGAACCCAAGUCUGACAAAGCUGCACUAGUACCCAAUACUGAAAAAUCUACAACAGAGCAAAAGGCCCAGUCCACUGCAAAGGCUGAUACAGUCAAAUCUGAAAUCAUGAGAUUUGUCCGAUCAGUCAGGAAGACUGCAGAGGAAUUGCAGAAAGUCGUAGAUGACCUAAAAUUCAUCGUUGCAGGUAUUCCAUCACUAACAUCACCAGAAGGCUAG